AUGUCGGCAAAGACUCCGAGUCCGCUGGGUCCCAGAGUGGGUACUGACCGCCACGGCUUUCCAGGCCCCGCCGGGGAAACCGGCUUCCUGUCCGCCGUUCGGGCCCUAAGGUUCCAGUACGAUGCGCGCUGCGGGCACAGCGCGUCCUGCUCGGGGCCACGGAAGGACCCGGGCGACCACCAGCUAGAGCGGGGGCAGGGGGUCACCGCCGCGGGGCCAGGGGCGCGACGGCACAGCACCGGCCGGACCCGCACCCGGGGUCCCGCGCCGCCGCCCGCGUCGUGCUCCGCGCGAGCCUGGCUGGAGACGCCCCGGGGCGCCGGCCGCGGGACCGCUGCGAAGCGGGGUCCGCGCAGCAGCGGGGCGGGGGAGGCGGGCGCCCAGCUCUGUGCGCGGCGCGCCCGCCGCCCCGCUCCCUCCCCGCCCGCCGCUCCCCCGGGGCGGACGCGGGUGCGCGGGGACAGCGAGGCCGGUUCCUCCGGGGAGCCGCCGUCUCGGUCCUGCGACACCCGGGACCCGGACGUGUCCCCGGGAGGCGCGGGAUCCCGGGCGGAGGGCGAGCUGCACGGGCUGCGGGCCUCGGACCUCCGCCUCCGCCUCCGCCUCCGCCUCCGCCCGCGCGGGGCCGUCAGGUCCGGGGACCCGGGCGGGGGCGCGCCCGGGGCUGGUCCUCCGCCCACCUGGGGCGGGGCGGGGGCGGAGCCGGGGCGGGCGGGCGUCCCCGACGGCGGGGGGGGCGGGGCGGGCCUGCGACCGCAUAAGAGCCCCGAGGCCGCGCCCGCCGGACCCCAGCGCGGAGACGGGGCCGGGCGGGCAGGUAAGCCGGCGCCGCGGGGCGGACCCCGAAGCCCAAGCCCGGCGGCGCGGGGCCGCGGCGGGCACCGUCGGGGCCGCGGCGUGCUGCACACCGCGGCGUCUCCAGAAGUCGCGGACUGGGGUGCAGGGCGCCCCGACAACGCCGUGCGCAACCUCCGGCCGUCGGCGGCCGAGAAGCCGGGCGGGGCGGAUCGCGCCCCGGGGGACCCUGGAGUUCCGGGGGUCGCGCGGGCCCUUGCGGCCGCCGCGUCCUCCCUGCUGAACAGGGAGAUGGUCGGGUGGCUCGGAUGCGGUGUGGACGCGGAGGAGCGGGGCUCCGUGCCCGCGCUGCCUGUAGGGAGGGACAGGGGCCAGCGAGCCAGUGCGGCCUCUCCGGAGAUUUCCGAGAGCCCACGUUUUGCUUUCCGGGCCCAAACCUGGCCCCUGAGGCCGCAGCUUCAGGAGUCGGGUCUCCUCCUGCGGCCCCACCUGGUCCUCGGCGCCUCCGAUCCGACCCGGUUUUCCCACAUCUCAGGAAGGCUGGGUGCGUCCCUGGAGAAGGGGCCGCAGGCAGGUGGUGGGAAAAUGGCUGCUCUGGCCGCGGGGCACCCGCAGCCCCGGCCACUAGGUCACCGCGUUCCUGUGUGUGCUUAUUUCCUGUGCGGGCUGCAGACCCAGCGCGGGACGCGCACAAUCCCGAGGCCGCAGGCCGCCCAGGAGCUACGGCGAGCGCCGCUGGCGCCCAUGUCCUCCGCCGUGGCCCCAGCUAAGGCGCCCAGGGCCGCGGGCCCCAAGGCCGUGGAGCUCGUCCUGGUCAAGGAGCGGAAUGGGGUGCAGUUGGCGAGCUCCGCCCUCGUCCGCCCCCCGCAGGCCCCCGCGGGGCCCCAGGAACGGGAGACCUGGGGCAAGAAGAUCGACUUCCUCCUGUCAGUGAUCGGCUUCGCCGUGGACCUGGCCAACGUCUGGCGCUUCCCCUACCUGUGCUACAAAAACGGCGGCGGCGCCUUCCUGGUCCCCUACUUGCUCUUCAUGGUCAUUGCCGGGAUGCCGCUUUUCUACAUGGAGCUGGCCCUGGGGCAGUUCAACAGGGAAGGGGCGGCCGGCGUCUGGAAGAUCUGCCCCAUCCUGAAAGGCGUGGGCUUCACGGUCAUCCUCAUCUCCCUGUACGUGGGCUUCUUCUACAACGUCAUCAUCGCCUGGGCGCUGCACUACUUCUUCUCCUCCUUCGCCGCGGAGCUGCCGUGGGUCCACUGCAACAACACGUGGAACACCCCCAACUGCUCAGAUGCGCACUCCGCCGGCUCCAGCUCGGGCGCCAACCACACCUUCCUGACCACGCCCGCCACUGAGUACUUUGAGCGCGGCGUGCUGCACCUUCACGAGAGCCACGGCAUCGACGACUUGGGUGCCCCUCGGUGGCAGCUCACGUCCUGCCUGGUGCUGGUCAUCAUCCUGCUCUACUUCAGCUUGUGGAAGGGAGUGAAGACUUCUGGGAAGGUCGUGUGGAUCACAGCCACCAUGCCCUACGCAGUCCUCUUUGCCCUGCUUCUGCGAGGACUCACUCUCCCUGGGGCCAUCGACGGCAUCCGAGCGUACCUGAGCGUAGACUUCCACCGACUCUGCGAGUCUUCUGUCUGGAUAGAUGCCGCCACCCAGGUGUGCUUCUCGCUGGGCGUUGGCUUUGGGGUGCUGAUCGCCUUUUCCAGCUACAAUAAGUUCACCAACAACUGCUACAGAGACGCAGUCAUCACCACCUCCGUCAACUCCCUGACGAGCUUCUCCUCCGGCUUCGUGGUCUUCUCCUUCCUGGGGUACAUGGCCCAGAAGCACAGCGUGCCCAUCGGAGACGUGGCCAAGGACGGGCCGGGGCUGAUCUUCAUCAUCUACCCCGAGGCGCUGGCCACGCUCCCGCUGUCCUCCGCCUGGGCCGUGGUUUUCUUCAUCAUGCUGCUCACCCUGGGGAUCGACAGCGCCAUGGGGGGCAUGGAGUCGGUGAUCACCGGGCUCAUCGACGAGUUCCAGCUGCUGCACCGACACCGGGAGCUCUUCACCCUCUUCAUCGUCCUGGCCACCUUCCUCCUCUCCCUCUUCUGCGUCACCAACGGCGGCAUCUACGUGUUCACACUGCUGGACCACUUCGCGGCCGGCACGUCCAUUCUCUUUGGAGUGCUCAUCGAGGCCAUCGGGGUGGCCUGGUUCUACGGCGUGCGGCGGUUCAGCGACGACAUCAAGCAGAUGACGGGGCAGCGGCCCAGCCUGUACUGGCGGCUGUGCUGGAAGUUUGUGAGCCCCUGCUUCCUCCUGUUUGUGGCUGUGGUGAGCGUCGUGACCUUCCGGCCCCCGCACUACGGGGCCUACACCUUCCCCGAGUGGGCCAGCGCUCUGGGCUGGGCCGUCGCCACGUCUUCCAUGUCCAUGGUGCCCGUCUACGCAGCCUACAAGCUCUGCAGCCUGCCCGGCUCCCUGCGGGAGAAGCUGGCCUACGCCAUCACGCCCGAGCAGGAGCACGAGCUGCUGGACAGCGGGGAGGUGCGCCAGUUCAGGCUGCGCCACUGGCUCCUGGUGUAG